AGUUUUCUUCUAUUCUCGUUCAAUAAACGACCGGUGCGAAGUAUUGUAAUUGUUUCAAAUUGUUUAAAAAAUGGCAUCCAACAUCGAAGGAAUUUUGGCACCGGUGUUCACUCCGAUGUACGAAGACGGCGAAGUUAACUAUUCUGUGAUAGCGGAUUAUUUGAGUUUUCUAAAACGGAAGAACAUAAACGGUAUCCUAGUUGGUGGUACCACCGGAGAAACAGCAUCUCUGAGCUUGCAAGAACGGAAAGACGUACUCAACGCUUGGCUACAGAGCGCAAGAAGGCACAAAAUCAAGGUCAUCGCACAGAUCGGCGGAAUACCUCUACCUGAUGUCAUUGAAAUGGCACAAUUCGCUGAAGAUGUGGAGGUCGACGCCAUCAUGACUCUACCAGAACUUUACUACAAGCCCCGAAACGUAGAGCAGCUGGUCUCCUAUUUAGAGACGGUAUCUAAGGCGGCACCUACACUACCUUUAAUCUACUACCACUUUCCUAUGAUGAGUGGCGUGGACUUGAACAUGAAAAGGUUCUUUGCACUGGCUUCAUCGAGGAUUCCAAAUUUCAUGGGAAUGAAAGCGGAUUUAAACGUUGCUGUACAAGUCGCUGAUUUGCUUGCAACCGAUCAGAAAAUAUUCAUGGCUAAUCACCAUUUAGCGGAAGCGGCACUAAUGGGACACGAAUCUAGUAUUGCAACGGUUACAAACAUGUUCCCGGAAUUAGUACAAACUAUUGUGAAUGCCGUGAGCACUGGCGACGUGAACACUGCAAGGAAACUACAGGAGACCCUUAAUCGGGCAGUUGAUAACAUUACUGAACAAGGUGAAUUCCUGCCCUGCAUGAAAUCAGCCAUGCCGAUGAUCACUGGAAUCCAAGUGGGCCCGCCGAGACGGCCGCUUUUCGCUGUAGAUGAGACAACGAAGAAAAACAUAGAAGACAGAUUGAAAGCCAUAAAGAUAAUUUUCUGAAUAUAAUUAUGAUAAAUAUAUAAAUAAAGAGUCAUUUCCUUUUAGCUUUUGUUUUGCGUCAGUGGAAUUUUUUUUUAUUGCCCUUGUAGGCAGACGAGCAUACGGCCCACCUGAUGGUGAGUGGUUACCGUUGCCCAUGGACUUCAGCAAUGCCAAGGGCAGAGCCAAGCCGCUGCCUACCGCUUAAUACUCUCCACAAGCCUCGUUUGAAGAAGGACAUGUCAUAGCGCUCGGGAAACACCGUGGAGGGGAGCUCAUUCCAUAGCCGGAUGGUACGUGGCAAAAAAGACCUCUGGAAACGCACUGUGGAUGACCGCAGUGGCUCCAGGUAGUACGGAUGAACUCUACUCCGGUGGCGGGCGGUGCGAUGGUAAAAACGAGAUGCCGGUAUCAUCUCGAACAAUUCCUCAGAGCACUCCCCAUGGAACAUACAGUACAAAAUACAGAGGGAACCGAAGUCCCUCCGCAGACCCAGAGGUUCCAAACGAUCCGUGAGAAUGAGGAUAUGUGAACUUCAAUUCCUUUGAAAAAUACUAAACAACUUUUGCACGCCGAUUUGCGUCAAAAUUGUGCUUCUUAUAUUUUAACCAAUCACCAUACCAAUAAGCAUUCUAACGUAUAGUUCACACUAUCUUCAUUUGCUAAAACAGUUGCUAGAUAUAAAUAUAAAAAAUUAAAGAAAAAGGAAACAAAAACUCUAUUGAAUAACAAGAAAUGUUUUUAAUAAAAUAAAUAUUUAAUUUCAUCUUUAUUAUCUAUAUAUUUUGAUGUACAUUUGUUCAGUAUUCGUUAAAUGCUACAAAAAAUAAAACCGGCAACCAAAUUCGUUUUAACGUUUUUUUUUUCUUUCAAAUAUAGAAACAUAUUAUAUUAUAUCGACGCUUGAAAGGCAAACGUGACUAAGCGACAAUAACUGCUUUGUACAUAAAUGAUAGGCAAUAACCAUAUUCGAUGCGCAAAAAUAUAUAUAUUUCUAGGUCUAUUAAAAUCAUUUCAAUCCUACAGCUAGAUUCGACAAAAUAAAAUUUUUUUCAGGUAUGUCAACUUUAAAUUAGUCUACUGUAAAGUUCACGCAUUGUCGCUUAGUCACGUUGGCCUUUCAAGCGUCGAUAUGCUGUCUCGUUAUUUCAGUCCCGAUUUUUAGCUAUUCCGGAACCCGAAAAUCUAGGCUACAUCCAGCACCCUGAGCCUGCCACGAAUCCGCUCUAUGGCUUCCGAACUAAGCGGCUUUUGAGGCAGCGAAGGCGGCCCAACUCUGAUUCCGGUCACGAUUUCCAUUCCGGCCUUCAUAACGGGCACCCACGGACCU